UCUUGUGUAAUGACGAUCAAGUUCUGACGUGAUUCAAAAAGAGAUAAUAUCAAGUUUUUGCAGGUCAGCAUGACAUACGAUGAAAGGCGAAAAAUAUGGGAUUUCAACAAAAACGAAACUUAAACCGCGGCUUUAUCCAGAAACAGGACAUUGGAAGAAAGAAAAAGUUUCACAGCCCUGCAUAAAAAGGGUUACCAAACAGAAACGACUUCAGUGUCUCGAGGAUUGCGACCCUCUUCGUUGACCACAGAGUUUCCCCCCUGAAGGCUUCGGAAAAUGCUGACUCUUGGAAUCGCUUCCCUUUCGUGGCUGAUGAUGAUGUCCGUCCGUCUGUCUGCGGCGGCUCGGGAGGGGGACUUACGGCUGGUGGGGGGCACGCGGUCCUCGGAGGGCCGGGUGGAGGUGUACCACGGGGGGCAGUGGGGGACUGUGUGCGAUGACGGCUGGGACAUGACCGAGGCGCAGGUGGUGUGUCGCCAGCUCCGUUUCCCCGGUGCUCAGUCCGUCGUCACAGGAGGGACCUACGGGCCAGGGUCUGGCAAGAUUUGGCUGGAUGACCUGGACUGCAAGGGAACAGAGCCCUCCCUGUCCAGCUGCCCCUUUAAAGGCUGGGGCAUUACAGACUGCUCACACGCAGAGGACGCGGGCGUCAUCUGUGAGAAAAAGGUGGCCGUGAAGGAUGACCGCCUGUUCCCCCUGGACCACAGCCUGAGCCUUUCGGGGGAACUGGGGGCGCUGUUCGACAGCAAGCGGGACUGCGACCUCACCGUCGUGGUGCUGAGCCCCGAGGAAGAAGUUGGAGAGAACACUUCCUGCGUCCACAGCCUGGUUCUGUCCCUCAGCACUGAGCCCUCCUUCUCCCUCCAGGCCCUCCAGGCUGGAAACCUCACCAUCAACGUUAGCCAGGACUGCCGCAGCUACGUCUCGCAGUUCCUCAGGUACCUGUACACCCGCGAGAUCGACAUCUCGGCCUCGUCUGCCCAGUGCUUGCACAAGCUGGCCUCCGAUUUCGGGAUGAAGCGCCUGCAGGAGGAUGCGGGCCGGCUUUUUGGCCUCCUGCUCCCAUGGGACAGCACCUUCCACACCCAGGCGUCUCUGUACAAGUACUCGGUCCAGACGGGCGACCUGGCCCUGCAGGAGACCUGCCUCCAGUACCUGGCCUGGAACUGCGAGGCGCUGGUCUCCUCCCCGGCCUGGCCCACGCUGUCCCGGGACGCCCUGGAGGCCCUCCUGUCCCGGUCGGAUUUGGCGGUGCCGGACGAGGCCUUCCUGCUGCGGGCGCUGGAGAGCUGGGUGCGGGACGGGCGCGGCUCCCCGGGGCUGGGGGACGAGGCCGCCCUCCUGCGUCUCAUCCGCUUCCCCAUGAUCCCGCCGGCAGAGCUCUACGACCUCCCGUUCACCUCCGACCUCUACGGCCGCCACGGGGAGCUGGUCCGCUCGGGGAUGCUGCGGGGGUUCCAGUUCCACGCCCUCUCGCUGGCCCAGCUCAGGAAACGCCUGAACGACAGCGACGACGAGUACCUCCCCCGAAUCUACACCGCCAACCCCUGGAGCCUGGACGUCAACUCCACCGCCGUCUCCAGAGGUAGCCGCCGAGAGAGACGCUACAACUCCAGGAAUCCCUACGGGGGAUACAACUACGAGAGUUACGAGACAGUGUACUAUAGCAUAGACCACACCUUCUCCACGCCGGUCCACACCAGCGCGGUUCUCCGGGACAAAAAGGUCAGCUGGGCCGCCAACGUCUUUAAGACCCAGGAGGAGUGCUCCAGCAGCACGGUGCAGUGCGAGACCGUGCCGGCAGUCAGGCUGAGGAGCCAGAGCAGCCUGAGCGACUACCAGAGCUCCAUCCGCUUCACCAACCGCCUCCUGGUAACCUGCGGCAACAGCAGCGGCGGCGAAGGGGGCUACGUCUUCCAUGUCCGGGACUUCAAGGACAACCUGGCCCUCAUCCCCACCAACAAUCGCACGGGCCAGGCCUACCCCUGCUACGAGGACUCGUACAUCUACCGCUUUGUGGUGCGCCCCGAGUACAUUUGACCCGCCCCCCACCCCCCCCCACCCCACCCCGCCUUUUCCACCAUCACCUGAUCAGCAGCCAGUGGCAUCCAAAUCAUUUUAUUAUGUUUACGUACUAGCGUUUCAUUAAUAGCUUUCGAUUUCUGAAUCAGUAGUGCGAAAGUAGUAGUUGUAAAUUUUUUCUGUGAUCUCCCCCAGUAUGUACAAUUUCGGGUCGGUAUUCACUGGAAUUUGCCAAGAUUUCAUCCAAAUUUAUGCGAGUGGAUAAAAAAUGUUAAAUAAACUUUUUUUUUUGUCAUUUGAA